AGUUACCAAACUAUUUUUUCUGGAACCGUUGGCAGCAACUUCAACAACCAGGACAAUGGAAAUCUGGACUAAUAGACUCAUGGGACAGAAAAAAUCAGGACUCUCCUAUCGCUGAACUGCUGCAAACGAUGAUUGUUUUUGACGAGUUCGGUCGACCCCACAAGCCCAAUGGAAUAGACCCGUCACAGAAAUCCUCUGUUAAAAUUGCUGCCCUGGACCAUCACAUACUACCAAACCCAAAUCCUUUCAUUCAUCACAGAAGGAGGAAACGAAAUUUUCUUUCCCGUGCUACACUGUGGGAACAAAAGACUGUUCCUUAUGAAAUACAACAAGGGGUUUCAGCCAGCAUGAGAGAAAAAAUCAACGAAGCCAUCAAGGCCUUUAACGAUCUGACAUGUGUAAAGAUUCAACCUCGCGCACAAGCUGGAAAUCUUCCUCACAAUUCUUUUAUCUAUUUCGUAAACGGACAAGGUUGUUCUUCCUAUGUUGGACGACAGCAAGGAGGUCAGCAGAGAAUAACCCUUCAGGACCCAGGUUGUAAGCAGACUAAGGUCGUAAUCCAUGAAUUGAUGCAUGCGAUUGGUCAAAUGCACGAACAGCAGAGAUCGGAUAGAGAUGAGUACAUCGAAAUUUUGUACGACAAUGUCCCUAGUGAUCAGAGGCACAACUUUGACAAAGAAAACACACACGACAGAACACCUUACGACGUAGAAUCCAUCUUACAAUACCCAUUGACGUCGUUUGCUAUAAAUUCUGGACAACCUACGAUGAAAUUAAAGGAUCCACGACUAGAGGCCCUUGUGGACACAGCACAGUCCUUCACGCACAACGACCUGAAAGAGAUCACAAUGGCUUAUCAGUGUGCUGCUGAUUGUCAAAAUCCACCUUCUUGUCAAAAUGGAGGAUUUGUCGCCCACACCUGUCAGUGUAUGUGUCCGCUCGAUCUGACAGGCACCAGGUGUGAAAGCGUCACAACAGACACAGGAUGUGGCGGUUUGAUCGAGUUAUCCUCUGGGCAGAAUCAAUCCAUCCAGUCUCCAAACUACCCCAACAUAAUACCGGUCAAUCGUCAGUGCGUCUGGCUCAUUAAGGGUCCCACGAAUUCGAAUAUUAGAUUGACCAUUCAGAAUCUGGAACUGGCGAGAAACACAAGGCAGUCCAACUGCUACCAUUGGCUAGAAAUCAGAUACCAUUUACCCGGGCAGACUGGAAUUAGACAAUGCAACGCACCAGCAAACCAACAGUUCACAACGACAAAUGAUGGCGAAAGAAAUGUCAUGAUCCUCAAGUUUGAUAGCAAGUUUUCCAGAGAUGUUCAGCCAUCUGAGAAUCACAAGUUUAGUCUGCUGGUGGAAGCUCUAGGGGGAAGCAUAAACUCAAAUCCAUGUAAUCCUAACCCCUGUCGAAAUUCCGGAACCUGUAACGUAUCCGGUUCAGCGUAUGAAUGCACUUGUCGUUCUGGAUGGACGGGGACCAACUGCGAUGUGGAAACCCAAUCGUGUCAACCAAACCCUUGUCAAAAUGGCGGGACAUGUUCAAUUGUCGGAAACAGUAUUACAUGCAGCUGUCCUUCGCGAUAUGUGGGUCCAAACUGUGAAUAUUUUACUGGAUGGUGGGGCAAACGAAGAUAAUAAUCAGGCCUCCGAUGAAGGAUCUUGUCUCCAUGAAUAUAAUUUUUUAUGAUUUUACUUCUUUUUUCUAUGUAUUUAUUGUGUCAUUUCUUUAUUUAUAUAAAAUAAAUUAUAUUCCUUUUC